AUUUGCUUUAAAAGUUGCCCCUUGAGUCGAAGCCAUGAGCACAGCAGCUGCUAAAGACACACCAACAGCUUGGAAAAAUGGUUCAGUGGAGUGAUUUCGAGCGUGCCACCAUACAGGACAUCUUCUCCAAAAUUGACUCUGGUGUUGUGGGGCCUGCAGCUCUUUCCAGGUGUCUGAUUGUCUACCCCUGGACUCAGAGGUACUUUGGCAGCUUUGGAAACCUCUACAAUGCUGACGCCAUAACAUCAAACCCCAAAGUUGCAGCUCACGGGAAGGUUGUCCUUGCCGGCCUGGAAAAAGCUGUGAAGAACAUGGACGACAUCAAGACCACAUACAAGGACCUGAGUGUGCUCCACUCUGAGAAACUCCAUGUGGAUCCUGACAACUUCAAUCUCCUGUCAGACUGCCUGACCAUCGUGGUUGCUUCUCAGAUGGGUGAGGCUUUCACCGCUGACGUCCAGGCAGCUUUCCAGAAGUUCUUAGCUGUGGUUGUGGCCUCCCUGAGAAAACAGUACCACUAAAGAGCUUCAGCAGAAGACCCCGACUGAUGAUUCUUUACAGACUAAUUGUUUUGGUCUUAAAAAAUUAAACAAUAAAAAUAAAAGCGCAUUGAAGUAU